GUUGCGGCCAGUCGGCCAUGUUUAGUGUUUGAAAUGGUGGUAUUUGUACAUGUUUAGGUGAUAAAAACAAAUUGUGUGAAAAAAUUGUUAAGAAUAAAGUUCUCUAGUGAUAGUGUAUUAUUCAAUGUUUAUGUGAAAAUUUGGUUUACAUUUUGCCGCUAAAAUGAAUUGGGGAACGGAGCUUUGGGAUCAGUACGAUAACUUAGCCGCCCAUACACACAAAGGUAUCGAGUUCUUAGACAAAUACGGCAACUUCGUGAAGGAACGAUGUGCAAUAGAACUGGAAUACGCUGGAAAACUCAGAAGGCUUGUCAAAAACUAUCAACCAAAAAGAAAAGAAGAAGACGAAUACCAGUACACACCAUGCAAAGCAUUCAGGCUGCUACUGCAGGAGCUAAACGACUUCGCAGGCCAGAGAGAAGUCGUCGCGGAGAAUUUACAGUCAAACGUAGUCAGAGAGUUGCAUUUGCUCGCCAAGGAGUUACGUGAGGAAAGAAAGCAACACUUGAACGAGGGAGCGAAACAGAUGGCCGUCCUCAACUCGUCGAUAGCGGCGCUGGAGCGGGCGCGGCGGGCGUACGAGAGGGCGGCGAGGGAGUCGGAGCGGGCUUUGGACGCCUUCCAGAAGGCGGACGCGGAUUUCCAUUUAAGUCGAGCGGAGGUGGAGAAACAGAAGACGAACAUGAAACUCCGGAGUCAGGCGUGCGAGGACGCGAAACAGGAGUACAUGGACCAGCUGCGGAAGACGAACGAGGCGCAGCGGCAGCACUACGAGCAGCGCUUGCCACAUGUGUUUAAACAGCUGCAGGAUUUAGACGAGAAGCGGAUAAAGAACAUAAAAAACUUUAUGCUGAGCUCUGUGGACGUGGAGCGAAAGGUGUUCCCCAUCAUCAUGCAGUGUCUCAUCGGCAUGGAGAGCGCCGCCAACAAUAUCAACGAGAAAGAGGACACACAGCUAGUGAUAGAACGGUACAAGUCCGGUUUCGUCCCGCCGGAGGAUUUCCGCUUCGAGGCGGCGGCGGAGUGCGACGCGACGGACGGUACGCACGCGCCCGCACACGCGCCGCACACGGUACGCGGGACCGUCUCCGCCAAUAGGGUGAAGAAGCGCGGCGGCCUGCUGUCCAUAUUCAGCUCUAAUAAGAAGAUUAUUGAGGCGUGCAACUCUCUCAAGAACAACAUGUCCGUGGAUGGAAAGGAGGAUUAUUCAGAUCUGCCGCCGAACCAGAAGAAAAAGAGAUUGCAGGCUAAAAUAUCGGAGCUUAGUAAACAAGUUGCACAGGAGCAAGCGGCAAUGGAAGGCCUAAUGAAGAUGAAAGGCGUAUACGAGACAAACCCGUCGCUAGGCGACCCCAUGACAGUUGAAGGUCAACUAAACGAAUGUUGCGACAAGCUGAAGAAGCUCAAAGCGCAGCUACGCAAGUUCGAGGAUCUGCUCGCCGAAGCAAACAGUCAGGUGUGCGCGCCCGCGAUACACCCCGCGCGGACUAACGGCACCGCGCCCACGCAGGCUACUAGUAUCGGCUCCAACAGCGAAUCCCUGUCGCGGUCCGCGUCCGAAUCGUCCGUGAGCACGGGCACGGGCGCGCACCACGCCAACACGAGCGCGCGCGCUGCCGGCGGCUCCCCCGAGUCCGGCCUGGGCGGGGACCUCGCCGCCCACGCCGCUAACGGCGACCACGACGAUCACGAUGACCACGAUCACGACCACGACCACGAGUCAGAUUUUGAUUAUUACUACGAGCCGGAUCUCCAGCCGCUGGGGUAUUGCAAGGCGCUGUAUGCGUUUGAUGCAAACGGCACGGGUUCGACGAUGCGCAUGGAGUGCGGCGAGAAGCUGCUGGUGUUGGAGACGGACGCCGGCGACGGGUGGACGCGCGUGCGCCGCGCCGCCACGCGCGAGGAGGGCUUCGUGCCCACCACAUACAUCGCGACCACGCUCUACGCCGACGUGCGCGACCACUAGCCGAUAAUGUAUAUGUUUAGCGAAGAGCUGCGUCGCAGGUGAGGCUAGUCAGGCGGGUACGGUGGGCGCGGCGGGCCGGCAGGUCGGCGGGUCGACGAGCUCGGCAGGUCGGCGGGUCGGCCGUCGCCAGUGUCGUGACGGACCAUGUGCAAUGUUGAGCAGCACACUAUGUGGCCUAUAUAUUUACGUGUAUUUUUGCUAUAAUUUAUCGUAGGACGAGAGUUAGAAUUAUUUUUUUAUUAAGUGUCUUUUAUACUCUGCCUCGACGGUCAGACCCGAAAUCAUAAUAACAUUCCAUGAUCUUAUUUAUUGUGUAUAUUGUUGGUUAUGUGGCGUACAUAUUUUCAUGUAUUGUCGUGUGCCGUUAGUUGUUAAUUGUAUUUUUUGUAGGGGCACGUCGGCGUCGAAUUUUUAUUUUUUCUCUAUGGAUU